CAGGCCCGCCGCGUCCAGCCCGAGCUGGGAGGGGGAAAAGGAUCCGAAGCGGCGGCCGGGGCGGCUCCCCGGGGCGGCGGACGGGCUGGGUGGCGAGAUGCUGAAGCCUGCGCCCAGGUUGCCUCUUGGUGCUGUAUUGGCCACAUUUGGCACACAGAAUGCUUCAUUCUAUGACGAUGUAAUGCUAAGGUCCCCUUGCUAGAAUCUCAACAGGUCACCAGAUUGGCCAAAAUGGGAAAGACUGGAUUCCACUCUCUUCUACGAAGAGUCAAUGGAACUGGCUAAGAUCAAGGUCUCAGGCUUUUUCCAUCUGUCACCAGUCCCUUUUUGCUUUCUUUUCCGACCACAUGAAACCUUGAGACGCCACCUAAAGCUAAAUCACUUAGUGGAGUUGGGCGGUCCCCAAGUGUGCGGCAAGAAGGCCUGCCUUAGGCCGCGAUGGCCACUGUCAUUCCUGGUGACUUCUCCGAAGUGAGAGAGACCCAGAAAGUGGGGAAACGUAAGCGCGGUGAAACCAAACCCAGGAAAAACUUUCCCUGCCGGCUGUGUGACAAGGCCUUUAACAGUGUUGAGAAAUUAAAGGUCCACUCGUACUCCCACACAGGGGAGAGGCCCUACCAGUGCUCGCAACAGGACUGCAGCAAGGCCUUUGUUUCUAAGUACAAAUUGCAAAGGCACAUGGCGACGCACUCGCCCGAGAAGACGCACCGCUGCAGCUACUGCGAGAAGAUGUUCCACCGCAAGGACCACCUCAAGAACCACCUGCACACGCACGACCCGCACAAGGAGACCUUCCGCUGCGAGGAGUGCGGCAAGCACUACAACACCAAGCUGGGCUUCAAGCGCCACCUGGCCCUGCACGCGGCCACCAGCGGCGACCUCACCUGCAAGGUGUGCCUGCAGGCCUUCGCCAGCACCGGCGUGCUGCUGGAGCACCUCAAGUCGCACGCCGGCAAGGCGUCGGGCGCCGCCAAGGAGAAGAAGCACCCGUGCGAGCACUGCGAGCGCCGCUUCUACACGCGCAAGGACGUGCGGCGCCACAUGGUGGUCCACACCGGCCGCAAGGACUUCCUGUGCCAGUACUGCGCCCAGCGCUUCGGCCGCAAGGACCACCUCACGCGCCACAUGAAGAAGAGCCACGGCCAGGAGCUGCUCAAGGUCAAGACGGAGCCCGUGGACGCCUUCCUCGACCCCUUCCCCUGCAACGUGGCGCUGCCCAUCAAGGACGAGCUGCUGCCCGUCGUGUCCCUGCCGGCCAAGCCCUUCCCCAACGCGCUGCAGCUCAACCUCUACAACAGCCCCUUCCCCGCCGUGCCCAGCCCGGGCGCGGCCCACCAGAUGCUCACCACGCUGCCCCUGGGGGUGCCCUGCCCGCUGGACAUGGACACCGGGCGCCCCCCCCACCACCUGGCAUUCAAGUACCCCUUCGGUUCUACCUCAUACGCCAUCUCGAUCCCCGAGAAAGAGCAGCCCCUCAAGGGGGAGAUCGAGAGCUACGUGAUGGAGCUCCAGGGGGGCGCGCCCCCCGCCCCGGCCGCCCAGGACUCGCAGGCCUCCUCCGCGGCGGCCAAGCCGGAGCCUCAGGUGUCGCCCCCGGAGGAGGGCGCCGGGGACCCGGCCCUGGCCAAGAGCGCCCUGGCCAUCAGCGACCCGCUCAACACGCCAGCCUUGGACUUCUCGCAGCUCUUCAACUUCAUCCCGUUGAACGGGCCCCCCUACAACCCCAUCUCCGUCGGGAGCCUGGGGAUGAGCUACUCCCAGGAAGAAGCGCCUUCCUCGGUGGCCCAGCUCCCCCCGCAGAGCCAGGAUUUGCAGGACCCGGCCAGCGCCCUGGGCCUGGGCUCCCUGCACUCGCUCUCCGCGGCCUUCACGAGCAGUUUGAGCGCAAGCACCACGCUACCCCGAUUCCACCAGGCCUUCCAGUGAGAGGC